UUUUCCUGCUAAUAAACUUUUUAAAACAGAUUAAAAGCGCAAUGUUGGGAGUGUCACGAAACGCCUGGGGAUGAAGCUAAUGAAAAAUGUGGCGUCAUUUGUUUGGUGGUCAGAAAGCAGCCCAUGAGCGGAGUGUUUUUGAGGAAAGUGGGCGGGAGGUGAAGUAGCUCCUCAUGCUAGGGGAAGUGUAGUGUCUCGCCCUCAGCUCGAGUUACAGCUGUUUACAUACAGCGCGUCGUCUCGACGUGUCAGCUUCACUCCCCCAAAUGCUAUGACUUCUUCAGAAACCUGACUUGCAUAUGGCGGGGGUUUGCUGUAAGAGCACGGCGCCGUUGUCAGUGUUUAAGCGCACUCUGUCGGUGCGGAGCUCGGCCUCGGCCCCGCGCUCUGCCCCCGUGGCCUGCGGGAGAAGAGGCGCUCAGGAGGGCUGCGCUCUCCUCGCCCGCCCGCUGCACCUCCACACCGUCGGCCCUCAUCGACAUCCAACGCAUUUGUUUUGUUCUUCUGUCCAGGAGUCCAUGAGCGAGAGCUUGCGGAUGUGCUAUGUUUAUCUGAACCAAACGAGCAGGAGCUUCGCGGCUGUGAUCCAGGCUCUGGACGGAGAGCUGCGCCAUGCAGUGUGUAUAUUCUAUCUAGUUCUUCGAGCCCUGGACACUGUUGAGGAUGAUAUGACCAUUCCUCUGGAGAAAAAAGUCCCGCUCUUGCAUCAUUUCCACACUUUCCUCUACCAGCCAGACUGGUGUUUCACAGAGAGCAAGGAGAAGGACAGACAAGUUCUAGAAGAUUUUCCCUCGAUUUCAGUUGAGUUCAGGAACCUGGCGCAGGAAUAUCAGGAUGUGAUUUCAGACAUUUGCCAUCGAAUGGGGGUCGGGAUGGCUGAAUUCCUCGAAAAGAAAAUUGGCUCGAUGCAAGAGUGGGAUAAGUACUGUCACUACGUGGCUGGUCUGGUAGGUGUGGGUCUGUCUCGGCUCUUCUCCGCAUCCCUGCUGGAGGAUCCUGAGGUGGGGCGGGAUACGGAGCUAGCCAACUCUAUGGGCCUCUUUUUACAGAAGACUAACAUUAUCAGAGAUUACCUGGAGGACCAGCAGGAAGGACGAUCCUUCUGGCCGGAGGAGGCUUGGAGUCAGUUUGCCUCGCGUCUGGAAGACUUUUCUCAGCCACAGCACCUGAGCUCAGCUCUGGCCUGCCUUAACCUGUUGGUGACGGAUGCUCUGCGCCAUGUUCCUGAUGUCAUUGCUUACCUUUCCCGUCUCCGCAACCAGAGUGUCUUCAACUUCUGUGCCAUCCCCCAGGUGAUGGCAAUAGCAACUCUCUCCGCCUGCUACAACAACCCACUGGUGUUUCAGGGAGUGGUGAAGAUCAGGAAGGGGCAGGCUGUCACUCUGAUGAUGGAGGCCACCAAUAUGCAAGCUGUACAGAGCAUGAUUGCACAGUACAGCCAAGAGAUCCUGCAGAAAGUGUCGCUGUCUGAUCCGUCGCGGGCUAACACUCUGUGCAUACUCGGUGUGAUCCAGGAAAAGACACUGUCCAAGGCAGCGCUGCCCUCCCGUACCUACCACUUCUCACAUGUUUAUCUUUCUGCUGCUACGAUUUUGGCUUUUUUCAGCUGGCAGUAUCUAAACGCCAAUCAGUCUCCAAACAGUGCUGACAUGCAGGGCCGCUGAGUCUGUCCUGUAUCCCAAACGCUCUCUACCCCAUCCAACCCAACAAACACAUCAAAGACUGUUAGGAAUGUAUAAAACAUUUUCAUGUGCUUAUCACAGUGAUGAUUUUUUUUUUCUUUUUCUGCAUAAUUUGUAUAGGAAACUCAUUCUCAUGGUCCCUCUUAUGUUGUGCAGUUUGUUUCUAUUAUUUACCUUUAGCAUUAUUUCUGGUCCUCAUCAUUAGUGUAUAUGCAGCCAAAAUAUAUUGCUGUUACUUCAAAAAUAAACAUGUCAUUUUAAUGCCCCAGUAAAGCAGUUGCAGCUAGAUAGAUAACCGUACAACCCAAUAUCACACUUUUUAGGAUAAGUGUCACAGGAUCAGUGUGCAGCCCCAACCAACAAAAACAGUACUAAUAAAUAAAGCUCAGGUUUUCCCCAAAUUGAGUUAAAGAAUAUUUCCCUGUUGUCAUCAACUGAUCCUGAUACAUCGGUAUACAUUUUCAAACCUUCGCUAGCUAGCUUUAGUGUGGGUAAUUUUUAAAGAUGGCUGGCUUUGUUUGGUGUUUUUCCACUAAUGUUAGCUAGUCAUUUUAGUGUGGAAAUAUUCUCCUAAUGCUAACUAGCUGUGUGUGGGGAUUUUCAGUAAUCUUAGCUAGUUAGUUUUGUUUGGGAAUACUUUGCUAAUGCUAGUUGGGUUUUUUUUUUUUUUUUUGGUGGGAAAAUCUUCUCCUAAUGCUGCUUACUUUUGUUUAGGGAUAUUGUGUUCAUACUAGCUAGCUUUAUUUGUGGCUUUCUGUAAUCUAAGCUAGUUAGUUUUGUUUAGGGAUAUCCUGUUCAUGCUAGCUAGUUUUGGAUUUUUGCUAAUGUUGCCUAGGUAGUUUUGUUUGGGGAUAUUUUCCUAAAGCUAGCUAGCUUUGUUUGGGGAUUUUUCACUAAUCUUAGCUAAUUACUUUUGUCUGGAACUAAUUAGCUAGUUCUCCUCACUAGUUAGUUUUGUUUGGGCAUACUCUCCUAAUGCUAACCAGCUUUUGUUUGCAAAUUUCUGGUUUGUUUAAAGAUAAAUAGUUUGAAGCUAAAUUAAUGAUCUCCUGUUAAUUUAAGAUCUGAGUUUCAGUUUUCCCAGUCUGAAUGUCGCUAACGAUUUUUUCUUUCACUGCUCAUAAAAUAUAAUUUGAGUGCACAAAUUCAAAAAUUUAUGUUAUUGCAUUCUAUAUUAAUGUGUUCAAGCCAAAUGUUUACUUUAAAUGGGUAUAUUGUGCUUUUGCACAAUGUAGCAUAUAUUGAGUGGGUCAAGGUGGGUAUAUAUUUUCUAGGAAAUAAAUAUUAGAUAUUAUAUGUCUGAGAGGGAUUGAGGGAUAGCAGCAUUUGGCUUUAAAAUUGUCUAAAAGCUUUUUUUGUGAAUAAAGCUAGCUAGAUCUUUGUACAUAAGCAAAUGUAAAAAUUAUAUAUAAAUUUUGUAAUAUGAGACUUUGAUUUUGCCUAAAUUGGAAAGAAAAUAAAAGUGCAAAAGCUAUGUUGAGAUUAUUUAUUUUUGUAGUAAUCUAAUAUGUAGUCACCAAUAAGUGACCAAUAAGACAGAAGCUAGAAGAAACUAAAAGCCAAUCCAGUUGAUUAAAAAAAUAUUCAUUUUUGUUGAAUAUUUGCUUUUUUGUAAUUGAACAUUACAUCAUGAAUAUUCUGAUGAAAUUCUCACUCAUAUUCUGGUCUUUUGUCUUGUGCCACAAAGCCGUAAAUAUGGUUCUAAUGCAGUUGACCUUGGUCUUAAUAUCUGUGAUCUGAAACACUUCUUUUUUCCGUAAUUUUCUAAAUAAAAAAAUCAAUAUAUUUGUGUUUUCAAUUUAAUCCUGUUUUGGACACAAUAUCUACAGUCCCUUGUGUUCAUCAUCUGUACAGAAACUACCCCUGUCUCAGGACAUGGUCUGUAUCAUAAACAAUGCCAAUAAUACAUGUAUGAUGAAAUUUGCUUACUAUUUUUAGGAGGUACAGGCUUGGUACAAGACUGUACUGUAUUUCUUUAUUGAGGCAAUAAACUACUGAUCAAAUAAAGCAUUGAACAUUA